GCAGUGCGAGCGGGGUUAUUUUUCUGGUGGACGCUUUCCCCAAUUCCAAUCAGCCAUCGAAAACACUGUUCGCCAAACCUUUGAAAACAACCACAAAAUAAUAUUACCCUCCUCCUCCGCAGACCGUUGUCGCCGCCGCCGCCGCCACCACCUUCACCAACUUUCGACACGAAACGUCACGAAAGAGCACCAUGAGUGGCACGGUUUGCUGCUACAAAGGUUGCACCAAAAGCUACUCCACCGACAAGGACGUUUCCUUCUUUAGAUUUCCCGACGACCAAAAAAGGAGAAAAAAAUGGAUGGACAACUGCGGUAUUGCAGAACUUCAUUCCCUCAAUGAUAGGCAGUUGAGGCUAAAACGAGUGUGUGCUGACCAUUUUGCUUCUUCGUCCUUUAUUUGUCCUGUUACGAGGAACCAGGUAACGGAAAAGGCCAUCCCACUAUCACAGAAGGAACAUGAAGCCGCUGCAAAAGCUGUCAAGGAGGCACAAAAAGAAGAAGAGAAGAAUCCACGGCGAGGUCGAGGAAGACCCCCAAAAUUCUCCUUAGUUUUGGUGAAAAAAGAAGUAGUAGACGAGGAGGAAGAUGUAGAUAGUGAUGAAGAAGAGCCUAACGAAAAUGGAGAUGUGGAAUACAGCCCUCCGCCCACGCUUCGGAAGCAAACGCGAGACAGCAAUAGUACCACAACCGCUGAACCAAAGACCAAGACCCCAGCAAAACCACCCAAAUUGAUUGCGGUCGAAUCCUCGAAACAGAAGGCCGCCAAAGUGCUAGAUGGAAAACUGAAACCCGUCUCCACGCUCUUGCCGGCCAAGUCUAAAUUAGCAAGGACUGAUAGUAGUGAUACUAAAAAGCCGGGGGGCAGGCGCAUGGCGGACCUCAGUGUUAUUGAGGAUGUGGUUAAAGAAAUGAGUUUAGGGAUUGAGAAAUCUAAGAAAAGGCACAGUCUUUCGGACGAAAAAAUUUUAAGUAAAAGGUUGAAAGCUUCCAGUUUUAAUGAAGAUGAUAUAAAUUCAGAAGAUGACAUGUCAGAUAUUGAUGAUUCAGAAGAUGAAGAGGAUGAAGGGUUGGAGCGAGCGAAUAGAGAGUUUGAAAUGUUCCAAUCGGGUUUACGAAAAAUUAUUGAACUUCCAGAAGCAUGGGGAAUGGGAGCAGUUGUUUGGGAUCCAUUAAAUAAAAUGAAGGUUAUUCCCAUCUCACGACCAAAGUUACAGCCGAAUGGUACAAUCUCAUUGUUCAGAGCUAUUCAGAUUUACGAAGAUUCUUCAGUUAAAGUGGCGAUCGAUGGGGUCGAUAUGACUAUAAAUUUUAAAGUGAAAUCCAUUGAUUGCGAGGGGGAUGUAAAUAAAAUCAUCAAGGCCGUGGCUGAUUCUAGAGUAUGUACUGGAGUAGAAAAUUUCCUUCCGGACGACAUUAUAUACCUGCCAGAUGCAAGGAAACGCGGCUACAAAUAUUAUUCCGAUGCAUGCCCUGUCGUUAUUGAUGAAAAUGUUAAAGGCAGUGUGUGCAAUCCUUGCAUAGGUUUACAGAAGGCUGUGUUGGCCAGAAAGGAAAAAGAGAAGGAUGAGGUAGCGACACGAAAAUUGAGACCUGUGCCGAAAAACUUGAAAAAUGACUUUGGACGAGCACUGUAUGGACUCUUAUACGAAAUAUUAGACGAUUCUAAUGCACUUAAGUCAGAAAAGAAACAAGAUCGAGAAGCUGUUCUGAGCAAAUACUCGACAGAGCUUGGUGUAUUGAAUGGAGAAAUUCAGAAACCAGAAAAACUACCUCACGUUCAAGUAUCUGUCGAUGAUGUAUCUGCUAGUUUCCAGGAUAUAGUAACCAGACUAGGGUUCUCACUGAACAAAAAACCUGGACCUGGUGGUGCACCAAUAGUUCCAACCCAACCUCAGGCACCUAAACCACCUGUAGCAAGACUAGAUGAUAAUAGGUCAUUGUUUGCCAGCAAACCGUUUUUAAACAGAUUUAACAGGAAUAUCCCUGCUAAACCCAGUACAACAACUUUCACACAACGUACAAUGGUCCCAAUGGGUUCAUCAGCAUCCGCUUCUAUGUCCAAUAGCACUACCAGUUUUUCUUUAGGGGAUGGACAAACUUACGAAAUCCUUGGGGAAGUGGGCAGCAGUGAAAUGGUCCAAGGGACAAAGGGUGAAGCCAUUGAAAUAAUUGAAGUUGAUGACGAGACCAUGGCGAAACUUACCGCCCAAAACUCAGGAAUGAUGUUUCAAAACUCUGCAUCUGGGUCGAUACAAGUGGCCACUCUUGACCCUUCGGACCCAAAUAUUAGCCAGAUCCUUAAGGCGAUAAACCCAUCACAGGCAUAAUACGCAACAUUAUGAUAAUGCACAGAUAUAGUGUCAGAGUAGUGAAAGCCAAGGCACUACACAACAAGCAUUAUAUGUGUAGGUAUAUAUAUACAUUAUGAUUACUGGCUAUUAUAAUCGUAUUCGUAGAAAGGAACUUUCAAUGCCUUGUUUUACAAGUUUCAUCUUAAAUUACACAGCAAAACCAGAACCGGAGUUUAAUGUCGGUUUUUAAACAUAAUAAAAAGUGCUUCACGUGUUUAAAUAUUCUAACAUAAAAAUAACGACAGUGUAAUAAUUCUCAGUACCUUGUGCAUAUGUAAAUAUGAUAAAUAUUAUUUAAAUGAAAUAAUUUGUUAAAAUAUUGACAUAUAUAUCAAGAAGUUAGAUACAAAUCAAGUUUUAGGUUUUAGAUAAAUAUAAUGAACAAUUAACUAUUAAGUUGUUUUAGCUGAUCCAUGUUCUGAAUCUGAGAUUUAUAUUUCUGCUAUUUUCUUGGUUGUCAUUUCACCAGCUUAUUCUUCAAGAAGUUUAUUAAACUGAAUUUGUCCUGAAACCUA